AUGCUACAGCAAUACCGGUACCAGGAAGCCAACAAAUAUUAUGUAGUGUCGCGAGUAUCCUCCACCUCCAGCGCCAUGAAAUUCGCUGCCAUAGCCUCUGCUGCUGCACUGGUCGCCGUCGCCAAUGCUGCCUCGUGCGACGUGACUUCGCUCCAGACGCUCCUGACGUCGUCGGACACGACCACGUGCGCUACUGACUCUGGGUACACUGUGACUUCGCUGGCCACUCCGACGGACGCUGAGAUGGAUGUUAUGUGCACCAGCACUGCGUGCCAAUCGGUGCUGUCGCAGCUCGAGACGCUCGCUCCUUCCGAGUGCACCUUAGGCACGUUCGCUCUGUAUGCUGACCUGAUCACCCCGCUGUCCAACCACUGCGCUGGCGCUACCUCUACCGGUUCCUCCACCGGCUCGUCGUCUACCACCGCCACUGUCGGCUCCACGGAUGGUUCGAGCACCUCCGCUACUGUGACGACCAGCUCCACGGGAUCGGCUGGCUCUACCACGACUACCACCCCGACGACCUCGAGCGGCUCCAGCACUUCGCAAACCACGACGUCCUCUUCGUCUGCUGCUUCGGCAGCCGCCUCGGCUUCGACCUCGGGCAGCAGCGGUGCCAGCAUGGCUGCUGUCUCGGCCGGCUCCGUUCUGGUCGCCGUGGCCGCUGCGAUGUUCUAA